CGUCAACGUCAUCUAGAGCCCAAAACGUCGUCGAUGAUUCAGAAUUUUCUACAGAACAUCUGCUUUCCUCAGGAGUGCCUCAAGGUGGCAUACGUGAACCUCGGCGCAGCCCUAGUCGCCAGUGGCAGGUGUCAAGAAGCAGCUGCCAUUCUGAGACGAGCCACGAGGCUCGACGGAGCAGAAGUGAGAGACAGGCGGGAGCACGAGGCAGCUAGGAUAGCAGCCUUGUUGAGGCUAGGUUCGCUCUAUGCUGAGCAGGGGAGACUACAGAGGGCGCUGGCAGCGUAUAGAGAGGCCGCUGAUUCGCUGCCGGAUAACUACCCUAAACAGAGCGUGUUCAACGUAUUGGGUGAAACACUGGCUCGUUUGGAGCAAGAUGAAGAAGCAGAGAGGUGGUACAUUGCAGCGCUCCACGCACAACCUGAUCAUGUUCCUGCUCACAUCACCUACGGGAAGCUGCUGGCCAAAAAUAUAAGCAGAGCUCAGGAGGCCGAACAGUGGUUUCGUAAAGCUCAGCGAUUGGCGCCUCAAGAUCCAGGAGUUUACCAUCACUAUGGUGAGUUCCUGGCGUCGUAUCGAAGAUACCACGAAUCUGCGGAGAUGUACUCGAGAGCGGCCGAACUGAAGCCUGAAGACUACGAACUGGCGGUAGCCGCAGCUACGGCGGCUAGACGUGCAGCUCGAUUCGCAGAAGCCGAGAAAUGGUAUCGGAGAGCCGUGGAUAUCAACCCCAAGGUUGGAUGAGAUAUAUUUUAUUCUUGUGUAUGGGUCCUCAAGACAACAUACAGGAAUCGAAAAGUCACACCAACCUAGGCGCUAUCUUACAUUUGAACGGCAAGUACCACGAAGCUGUGCUCAGUUACGAGAAGGCUCUAAAACUGAAGCCAAACGACGUCACGACGUUGACCAAUCUGCACAAACUAUAUUCUGUGAUGAACUAGGAAAGGGUAGAAAUCCUGAUGGAGACUGAAUGAAGAAUAUAAGAUUUUGAACAACAAACGGCCAUUUUCUGUGUAUUAAUUCGCUCAAAAUUUCUAUCAAUUAGAACACGCUUCCAUGUUUUUCGAUUUCAUUUUAAAAGGAGUCCAGCACGAUUUUUUUUUGAAAUGGCCAAAGUUGACCAAAGGCAUUGAUAAGAAAUAUUAUGUAGUUUUUAGCUAAAAGACGUUUGGAAAUUAUUGGUCAGGAUUUUAAAAUCCUUGAAAUCAUCUUUUUAAUACUGUAUUGCUUUCUGUGUGAUAUUAAAGCGAACAAUAAUUGUAAACACCUCACCCGAAUUUUUUAUAUUUUUCUGAUAAAUAUCCCCCGUUUCCAGCUUAACGUCGACUUCUGGGACACCCUGUAUAAGCCGAAACCAGGUGAUAGGCAAAGUCAUAACAGCUAUCAGAAAAAUAUUUAGAAAAUUUUUAUGUAUGUGUUUUGAAAAUUAUA